AUGCUUGUUCGAGGUGGAUGGAGAUUGGGGAAAGUUGCUCCAUUGUGUGGGGCUAGAUCGGUUUCCUCAAAGUAUCCCAGACCUACACCACGACCGUAUAGGAGGCGUCUCUUCGAAGCUGCUGUUGCUCCUGUUCUUCCCGAGAAGUUGAGAGUCUGCUCUCCUUACGUCUUCAAAAGAGGACAAGAGCUCGAGUAUGAUGAGGUGGAACUAGCUCUCAGCAAAAUAGUGAAGAAAUGGAUUAUCUCAGAAGAAUUUAACUACGUAUAUGAUGAAGUGGAACUAGCUCUCAGCAAAAUAGUGAAGAAAUGGAUUAUCUCAGAAGAAUUUACUGUAUUAGCCGUCUGUCAGUUCCUUCCCGUACCUGGACGAACUUUAUGGCUGACUAAGAAUCAAUUACGAAUGAAGGGAUUAGAAUUUCGCUCAUAUGGUAAUCGCAUAAUGCGGAAGGUAUUUGAAGGAACUCCACUGUCAGCAUUGAACCCUGUACUGGUUCAAACGAACGCCAUGUUGUUCGGAAAAGACUUAUCAGCACUCAAAGCUCUGAGCGAUGAAGCGGAAAAGAUCAGCUGGAUAGUUCCUCUAGCAUGUGUGGCAAAUGGACGUAUUAUGUCAAUGGAAGAGGUUAAACAAUUCUCGAAGGUUGGCUCCUUGGCAGACCAUCAUGUGGAGACUGUGCAGAUCCUCUCUUCACAGCUUGAACAGCUUUCACGAACUCUUGACUCACAGUCUCAUCAGCUCGUUUCUGCCCUUGAUCAACUUGCGAAUCGUACAUCUUAA